AUGACGGAGGUCGACAGCAGCACGAAUCCGCUCAAUUCUAGCAAUGGGAAUAAUGGAUCGUCCAUUCCUCAUUCCACCGAUGUAGCCGCUACUAGUACUUCUGGCGCCGGCGCUGGCACAUCUGCUGAGACAUUGACCAGUGUGCAUACUAUCAACAGCAGUAAGAGUGAAAGUGGCAGUGGUAAUAAUAAUAGUGGGAGUAGUGGCAUUGGGAGUGGCAUCAAUAUUGGGAGAAGUGCUCAGCCAACCUCGCAGAUACAACCUCCCCGCCUUAUAUUCGCCAAUCCGCCCCCAGACGACGACCUCCAGCCGCCCCACCACCACCUUCAUUCCUCCCUCGCUCAUUCCAUCGAUCAUCGCCAACCUCUCCACCACAAUUCCCAUUAUCAUCACCCUCACCAUCUUCCGGAUCUGCGUCUUCAGACUGACGUCGUAGCCAUGUCUUCCUCUACGAACAACGCAAAAUCCAUUCCGGUCCCCUCCAGCACCCGAGCCUCUGCUGCAGCUCUCUCUCGCUCCAAUUCCUUCCAAAGCUCACUCUCUCCAAACUCCGCGACAGGAUCCCCAUCAAUCACAGGAUUUCUAUCCGAAAUAACUCCAUUGCCAUCUCCAGUAAUAUCAGCAGACUCACCUGGUCCCUGGCGAUUAUUUAGAAAUGGAAGCCUUAGCUCCCGUCCUACUUCUAGAGGCUCUAUAGCAUCGUUAUCAAUCAACGAUCAAGGAGAACAUGGUGCUGGUGGCGGUGGGAGCGACUCGAUGCCAGUUGGUGUCGGCAGGUCGCCGAGUAAGCGGAAAUUAUACCAAGGGUUAAAUCACAUUGACGCACCCUCAGCGCACGAUUACCGAUUACAUCAAAGUACGCCCCGGAGUGUUAGCGAGCAGGUUACAAAACUUGAUGUUCCUGCAAUAUCAAGACAGAGUCAGACGGAAGAUGGAAAUUCAGAGUCAAAGGAUGCAUCGUCGUCGUCCUCCACUUCGCAUCCCUUUAAGCGAGAAGAACAUCUUGCUGGGAAACAUGGACAGCAGAGAACUAGGAGUACGGCCGAUCUUCAGGUCCCCGUUAUAGUGGAUGGGGUAUCCGAUUAUCGUAUUCCCGAAGAUGGUAGCAUUGUGCGGGAAAUAUUUACGGCUACAACAUAUCCAGGGAAUAAUAUUCGACGUUGGCGGGCAGUCAGACUGCUCGGCCAAGGGACGUUUAGUAAAGUCAUGCUGGCCACGUUAGAAUUGAAGAAAAACACGGACUCAGAAGCUGAAUUGGAUAGGGACAAACUCGUUGCGGUUAAAAUUGUGGAGAACACAGCGGCGGGAGGAGCUUCGAGGGCGAGGAUAGAGAGUUCGCUUAAACGGGAGCUGGAUAUUCUGAAAUCAUUGAAGCAUCCGUCAUUAGUGCACUUGAAGGCGCAGAGCAUUGAAAGGAAACGGGCGCUUCUCAUUCUGGGUUAUUGUGCGGGUGGUGAUCUUUUCGACCUGGCGACGAGUGCGCCAAAGUUGUUGACACCGAAGUUUGUAAGGAGGAUAUUUUCGGAGCUGGUGGGUGCGGUGAGAUAUCUGCACUUGUCGGGGAUCGUGCAUCGUGAUAUCAAGCUGGAGAACGUAUUGAUAAACUUCACGGCUGAAGAGCUCGCACAAUCCGGCGACGAGAUAAUUGCCUCGAAUCGCUCGAUUACCACGCUUACGGAUCUAGGUCUAUCUAGGCGUAUAGACUUUGACGAACCCCUCCUGACAACUAGGUGUGGAUCUGAAGACUAUGCGGCGCCGGAAUUAUUAUUGGGCCAGCCCUACGAUGGCCGUCACACGGAUGCAUGGGCUUUGGGGGUUCUGCUCUAUGCUAUCUGCGAAUCUAGACUACCGUUUGACCCUGUUCCCGGGGCGAAUGAACAUAAGAUGCGUUCUAGGACGGCGCAUCGGAUAGCCAGGUGCGACUGGAAGUGGUUUAAAUUGGCAGAUACACCGCCACCGGUUGCAGAAGAGGGAAGUGCUGCUGCGGACGCUGAAGGGGAGCUAAGUAUCAAGGAGCCUUACGACCCCGACUGGAAUCCAGCCAAGGUCGUUGUGGAUGGGCUUUUGAAAAGGGUUAAGAAACGGUUGCCGUUAGAGGAGGUGGAGAAGAUGGAAUGGGUGCAGGGGGCUAUCACAGUGCCCCUAGAGGAUCCGCCAUCGACAGAGGAGUUGGAAGAGGAGAGUGAGUCUUCUUGA